CCUGGCGCUUGCCUGACUUUGUUAACGUACUCGGACUCGGUCAUGUCGUCGAAUAGCACUCAGCCACAGACGCCCAUCACUGGCCUGGAGGUGCCCCGGGCACCGCAUGCCGGAAUGCUGGCCACAUCCAGCCAGUGGAAGCGCGCCGCCUUGAUGGCCAAAUCGGCCUCGGCUUGCCGCGAGACCAACUCAGACGACAGCGAAGAUGAGGUGGAUACCAAGCGACAGAUCAAAUACGGCAGCGGCUUCCAAGCGGCCAAGGCAAUCAUCCAUGAGUACUGUGAUUACAGUACGAUUCACGGCAUCCGGUAUCUGGGCGAGAAGAAGCGGCCCUGGCUGGAGCGUCUGUUCUGGGUCAGUGUCUUUCUGCUCUCGAUCUUCACCUGCUUCAAGCUGACCAUGAACAUCUGGGACAAGUGGAACAACAAUCCAGUCAUUGUCAGUUUUGCCGAGAAGUCGACGCCCGUCUGGCAAAUCCCGUUCCCCACCGUCACCGUCUGCCCGGAGACCAAGUCGCGUCAAUCCGUAUUCAAUUUCACUAACGCCUAUUGGCAAAUUCGCGAUUUCCGCGGUAAUGUCACUGGAGUUAAAGAUUUCAAUGAACAUGACUAUUUGUUUUACGAUGCUGUGAGUCAGGUGUGCGAUCCACCUUUGCAUGACAUACCCGUCGGCGAUGCACGACGCAAGGGCAUUGAGAUUAUUGAUACGCUGACCGAAGUCAAGCCCCUGUUUAAUGACACAUUUUUGGAUUGCAAGUGGCGCAAUUCGCCCACCAAGUGCAAGGAGAUCUUUCACAAGGUCGUCACUGAGGAUGGCGUCUGCUACAGCUUCAAUGCGCUGAGUCCAGCCGAGAUCUAUCGCGCCGAGGGCAUCAUACCGGACAUUAUAUUUCGCGAGGAGAAUCGCUUGACCACCGAGUGGACUGUGGAGGAUGGCUAUAGUCUAAGUGCCAAUGAAUCCACCUAUCCACAUCGUGUGCUGGGCCCUGGCGCCAAGGCGGGCUUGUACCUCUUUAUGGGUGGCAUUGAGGAGGAUUUUGAUGAUAUGUGCCGUGGUCCCGUGCAGGGUUUCAAGAUACUGCUGCACACGCCUGGCGAGGUGGCGCAGACAUCGCGUCAAUACUUUCGCAUACCCUUCGACCAGGAGGUGCUCAUUUCGAUACGACCCAAGAUUAUCACCACCUCGGACGGCCUGAAGCACUACGAGCCGCACAGGCGACAGUGCUACUUCCAGAGAGAGCGUCGCCUGCGCUACUUCAACACCUACUCGCAGACCAACUGUGAGCUGGAGUGUCUGGCGAAUUUCACGCUCUCGGAGUGCGGCUGUGUCAAGUUCUCUAUGCCGCACAAUGUAAAUGUGCCCGUUUGUGGACUGGGUAACUUGACGUGCUACAACGAGGCUGAGGACAAGCUGCUGGUGCAGGAGUUCAACCAGAGCGUGGCCACCAAGGCCGACAAUGUGCGUGGGCAAACGGACUGCAACUGUUUGCCCUCGUGCACCUCGAUUGCGUAUGAGGCGGAAAUAUCGCAGGCCGACUUCGACUAUAAAACAGUUGCCAAGAAGGACAAAUCGGAAGAAGACGAUGAGGCGAAACGGCAGGGCAUGAAAAUGUCGCGCGUUUCCAUAUUCUUCAAGGAGGCACAGUUUUUGACCUCACGCCGCUCCGAGCUCUACGGCACCACCGACUUUUUGGCCAAUUGUGGCGGCCUGCUGGGCCUCUUCAUGGGCGUAUCCACAUUGAGCAUAGUGGAGCUGGUCUACUUCUGCACGGUGCGUUUGAUAUCCAAUUUGCGUAUGCGCCGCAAGACACGCAAGGAGCUCUCCCAGGCCGCCAACAAGGAGGCCUAAGCACGGACUGCUGCUUAUCAAUAACCCAGUGGCAAUUCGUGAUGGAUGCUCUUCAGUUUCAGUAUCACUCCAUCUCUCCCUCUCUCUCUCUCUCUGUCUCUCUUUCGUUCUCUAUGUCUGCGUGUGUGCAAACAAUGGAAAUAAAUUUGUACUCUUAGCACAGUCAGCACUUGGAGUGGGUAACCGACUUGGGAUAUACAUACAUACAUAUGUAUGUGCGUAUGCAUGCAUGCAAACCCGCAUGCUGCCAAAGUCAAACGUUGUGUGUGUGUGUGUGUGCAUUUCAAAUGGAAUCAAUUAUUUUAUUGUGUGAUUUGCAGCUGCAAUUCAAUUCGAUUGCCAAAAGUCAACAGACUCCGCAGCGAUAGAGACAAGGCCUCAUCUUUAGCCUUCGCAUAUGUUAUGCAGAGACAGGUCUUUGAUUUGCCAGCCAGCUAGACGCUAGAGAUCCAGACAGCCCACGCACAGACAUGUACAUAUCUAUCUGUCUAUCUAGAUAUGGGGGCGACGUCUCGUACCUUUAGCUAUGCAAAUAGCUCACAGCUUCGUUUGAGUUGUGUGCGUGCGGCUCUAAUGGAAAUCCAAUUGAAUUAAGUUAAUAAUGUUGGCAAAUAUUUAAACAAUAGCAGCAAUUUAUGCACACACACACACACACACACAUGCACGCACACACACUCAAACUAUCAUCUGCAAUUGUCAUUUAGUUUAAUUCAAUUUGCAUGCACGAUUCGCGGCCUUUAUUAGCAUAUCAUUGGCAACAGUUGUGCAACAGUUGUGUGUGCUGCCAGCUACGUGAGGCUCAGCUACUGAAAUAUGCAUGCCACACACACACAUACACACUCACAUACACUUACAUACACUCGCUUGCACGCUGAGUUCAUUAUGGCAACAAGUGUCGAAAUGUGUCGAAAUAUUGCAAAUAAAGUUGACACAUUUGCAUACCUAAUAAAAUUUUCCAUGCACAUGCGGAAAAGUUGUGAGAGUGCAACAAUGGGGCGCAGCCUUUUGCAUGCCACAUGCAGCAGCAGGCAUAAAAGUGUGGCAUGUGUGCAUGUGUGUGUGUGUGUGUGUGAGUGUGUGUGCAUUUGGCACUUUCCACUUCAACGCGGCAUUUCUGCAUGCCAAUUUUUAUUCAGCGCACAAAAACAAAAGUUAAAAUGAAAUUUAUGACAAUUUUAUAUCGAUGUCUGUCGUGGCUGUCUCCUGAGGUUUAUCGAUCACAUAUAUGCAUAUAUAUUAUAAUAUAUAUACUCGCAAAUAAAAGCAUGAGUGGCACUGAAGUAUUAUGGCUGGCUUGGCUGGGUUAAGUGAAAGCGCGACAUUCUGUGUGCAGACUGGAUGUUUCUUUAUUUUUCCUGCACUUUAAAUAUAAUCCAGAGAGCUUAAGUUAAGCCGGGUACGAAUCGACUGUUAUCGAUUCAGCAAUAAUUAUCCAUAGGCAUUUUUUAAUGAGCUGCAUUUACGUAUGUGAAAAUUGGGCUGUGGAUAUGGAGGACACCCCAAAAUCGAUAACAAGCGAUUAAUUUAUAUUGCAAUAAUAAUUGAUACGUUUUUGAAUUAAGUAUGAAUAAUUAAGUAUGAUAAAUAAGAUUACGAAUUGCAUAGAUAUGGAAUACCCAUAAGCACUUACCUUGGAUUAUUCAAUUGCUAUCGAUAACU